AGCCGUGAUUUUUGUGACUAUGUGGAUGUUGAGGUAUACACUUUCACGCAUUGUUCUUAAGCCAAGAUGAGCAGAAAAAUGAGAGGACGGUGGGGCAACAUUACCCUCUUCUCGGGAGUGUAGCUUCCUGUGGAGGCGGGCGACGCAUUCCGUUCUCUUGCGGUUGGGUUGUACAGACGACUGCAUCUGGCAGACCCUGAAGGGGUCCGCGACGUCGUGUUCAACGAUACUAGCACAACAUCUUCUUCAUCCAUUGGCAGAUCCUGGCUUGCUGCAAGAUCUGACAAUGGAUUCAGCUGCCGAAAUGAAGGCGGAGUGCGGGACUGUCGUACAGCAGGGCCCACCUGCGACGUCACAUAUGAUCACGGGUAACAGCGAAGCUACCAGCUCGAGCAAUACGCCAUGGGCGGAUCUCUUCCGUCCUAUUCAAGGCGCAGGAGCAGUCGUUAUGUUUCUCACUUUUUAUUUGGAACUAAUACCGCUAUUAACUAGUAGCCAGCUGGUGCUAUAUGUUAUAACUUUAGUUAUCAAGAAUGUCGUGAAUGUCGAAUGAGUUGCUUCAACUGUUAGUGAUCCUAGUCCCUCUGUCUGGCAGAACAACCGGAGACUUCUUUCAACUCGACGACUCAAAUCCCUCCCUCUAACCAAUUAUACUCUUGCAAGCCCCUGGCGCGGGUAACCGGCAAGAAAGGCCCAAUAAGGAAGAGAGGGCGAGUAAACGGGCGACCAGGCUCACGCAGUAUUUGUCGCGCUUCAGGGCGACGAGCAGUUGGGUCUGCUAUCUUGUGCCUCGGUGCUGUUCGCGCGCUGCAUCGCGAUAGCAAGGACCAGGAGCGUGCAAUAACUUCGACGCAAGUUCCUGGGUCACCAGCAGUGCAAGAGCAUUUCGGUCCUGGAGCAGAAGUGACGCCAGAGACCACGCAGUUAGCCGCGCUUGGCGAGCAUGGUGAAGACCAUGGCAGCAAGCGCAACGCGGGUAUAACUUAGUGCUUUGAAGAAUUUAAGUUCUUGUGGGCUGAAAAUGAUGGUAAAGAUAUUGAUGCUACACUGAGUACAACUACCUUCCAUUUCCAAACCGGAUAAACCACAAAGAAAACCAAGACUUAGCGUAGUUAUCAGCAACAAAGAAUACCUGCUCGUCACAGGUAAACACAAAGACGUGAGCGUGGCUAGUCAAAUUAUCGCGGAUGCUGAGCAACAGGGUCGUGCAUCAGGAUCAGAAGUACCUGUCGACCACGCUGACACGCGGGACGACCAUCGAACCGCCAAGCAUGAAGAAGUAGAGCUUAGUAGUGCCGCCAAGGACGAUAGAGGCGAAGUGAGCACAGGUGUGCUUUUGUAAGUUAUGACUUUAUGAACAUCCUCUUCCGACAGAUGAAAAACAUUUAUUGAGACCUAACAUACAUUAUCUUCAAAUAAGUAAAAGUAGGCAAGUCCUUGCUCCUUCACAUCCUAAGUAAUACCCCAACCCCUUACUCCCCAACAGGUGGCAAAAAAGCCAAGAUUGGAAAAAAUGAAAAUGGGCAUCAAGAAAUGCCCCUACAUCAAAUUGCGGCGCCCUCAAGUGCGUCGGUGGUCCUAGGUACUUAUGUCAAUUCUUCUGCUACAAAUCAAGUGGUCUGCAGACAGUCGAUAAGGAUAAAGCUCGUGCGCGAAUUAUCUCUAUGGUAGAUUCUAUGGUGGCGCCAGUAGCUUGGGCAUCUCCUUGCUCUUGUCUAUGAGAAGAUGACGAUGAGAAUGAUUCGAUAUUCUUACUCUUUUACUUCUAUUGAAAGCGUAAAUCUUAUAUCUAAAUCUAAAUUAUAUAGUGCUGAGUCGAUGACAACAUGCUCACCCACGAACCAUUUUGGACACAAAAAAAAACAGAUACGCAUGGCGAGCGGCAGGCGAGACACGAAAGUCACAACACAACAAUAGAGGACGCCGCUAGAUACCAGAGUGAGGAAUAUCCCGAGGAAGAGCCAAUUAGCCCAAAACAAGGAUCCCGAGAAAAACGCCGCGAAUCAUAUGAGCUUCGGCAAUCCGUCAAAGAGCGCCACACCAGCGGAGGUAGUAACCCUUUACUUUGCAGUUAGUUUCCCUGUGGUCUCAUGGUCGUACAAAAUGAAGUAGAUUUUUUUCUCUCUAUUGUUUUUAUUUGGGUGCUUAAUAGUACUACUUGUUUCUUACUGUGAAGUAAACUUUUCUUAUUCAUCAGCGUGCGAUAGGGUCGGGGCGAACACUUAAUAUUUACCCACACAUUAUUACCCAGGUGCGCUUCGAUCUUCGCAUAGUGUCACUUUUAGUAGUGAGGCGUCUGGGUCCGGGACGGGUCGUGGGCUUGAUUAUGCUACAGACCUCGACAUCACCGUCGAAAGUGAUUUGGACUUGAUUCUGCUGGGCACUUCGGCAGCGAGUGGCUGGAUAAUAGCUGGACAGCUUAGCUCCAUCUGGCGCAGAAUAGUGGGCUUUUUUUCUAGCGUGUCCGCCCCGCCAGAGGCUGACGAUCUUGGGUCGUCCAGAGAUGACUUAUGAUGAGCUGAAGCUGUUGGAUUGUGGUCAUUGUCAUAGUGUAUCCAUAAUUGACGAAUCAAUACUGUGUAGUACUUUCGUGAGACUCCUGGUAGGAUCCCGAUACUCUACUUUAUGGAAGAUAGAAGUUCACCUUCACACUUUUGAAGGGGUGGGGUUUCUAGUAUUGAUCCGUUCCUGGCACCAUCCGUAGUCCAUUGGAAGCAUUGGCUUUGGCCCCGAAUAUGGUUUCAUCCCCUUUUUCAUGUUUCGUGGAGUUUACGGCGUUGCGACAUGGGCGAAGACUGUACUAUGCUGCGCCAAGAAACCAGUCCUCUCUGCUGGAGGUGGGGAGAGAGUGGUUCGCGAGUGUUGGCGCCUCGAAUGACAUCGAGAAGAUUAGGAGCAGCAAUCUUUGCGCCCAUGACUCGUCUUCACCUUCAAGUAGCAGUGAGCGUAAUGGCCAUCUGCGCAAGGUUUCAGUAACAGUACAUGACGCGGAAGUGCCAGAGGCUAGCUACUUCUGCGAGUGUCGAUACUCUACAGAUCGCAACUGGCAGUUCUACACGCUGGCGGCUGCUGGCAAUGGCGGGUCGCCGGCUUUUGAAUGCUGGAUUCAUGCCGUGGUAUAUAUUGCAAACGAUGGCGCCCAAAACGAUGGGACGUUUCUGGUGCGGUCGGAGCCGUAUCUUCGUACUGGUGAAGCAGGUGCGGGCGUGCCUUCUAUUAUUAUGGACAGCACAAAAAUGUACAGUAGAUUCCUACCUCGUGCAUAAAGCCAUGACCUCACUUCACAGACAAACUUGGAUCAGUGAGAAAGUUCUCCACCAAGCCAACUUAGCCUUCAUAUUUAUUCAUAACUUACUUGAUACAAGCCGCGAGUGAAGAAGCUGCUACGGUGAUGAUAGUCUUGUGCUGGGUGUUAUUGUUAUUGAAUAUCGCUCCGUUCAUCUUGAAGAGACUGACUGAGUAUACUAUUAACAGGCCAUCUUAGCAGGGGGCUUACUUUUACUAUGAGGAUAAUGAUAAAAAGCAUGCAGCAGGUGACUCAGAGUGAUCUAAUUUUUGCGGCUCAGCAUCGCCACAGCGCCAGCUGUUUUGCAAGAUGCUGCCGAAAUGGUUGAACAAGGAAAAAACACUACCCGCGCAAGCCGAGAACGAUUCCGAAUGCACGGCCGCAGCUUAUUUCGUGGAAAAAUGGAGAGCCAACGCCAGGCAGCACGAGAGUGCGGGUGGGUCCAUCGCCAUGACGACCCCUUUCUGCAAGCCAUUGAGUGCGGAAAUCGAUAGGGAACUGAGCCAGCAUACGGCGCUCUGCAUGGAUGCGAUGGCUAAAGUGAGCAACUCGAACCUCCUUGAGACGUUAACCGCGCCUGCUGCGGCAAAGGAGCAGGGACCACAUCAAAACGUCCUAACGUCGACUUGGGAGAGCAUUCGCGUACUGACGAAACAGGCACACAUUUUCCAUCGAGACAUCAAGGCAGAUAAUUUUCUCUCUACUGUCCCGCGAGCUCCUGACCAACCGCCCGUGGCGUGGAUAGCCAACGACAUGGGCCUUGCGUGCAGCACUUCGAGCGAGGUGCUAGGCGUGAAGAUGUGCGCAAGCGAAGAUGAAGCUGGUACGCCUGGCUACAUGUCCCCAGACCAUUUUUCUGCACGGAGUCAGCUGCCGGAAAAUGGUCGCGCUGCAAGGGGCGACUCCUUUAGCUGGUCAGUCAUGGUCGUCGAUGGCGCCAGGGCGCAGUGUGGAUAUGCUGGACAAGUAGCGGACGGGCUCGAUGCGCUGCUCGGGUUCAAUGCGGUGAUUUAUGGUGUCCCAUUUUUGUUUUCGCUGGUUUGUGGUUGAGGUGUACACUGUUUUCACUCAAGUACUAUGUAGUGCAUACUGUUACAUAUUCCAAGUUUUCACGUUCACGACUACAGAACAGGAGGUGGCCCUGGGUUGAGAUAUUCCAUCCUGCUAACAGGAUGACAUGGGAGUUGGCAAGUGAAAACUUCUAAGAUCAUGCCCUCUCUAACAAAUAGAUGCCGACGACCUGAACCGUUUUUCGCAGGAGAAGAAGACGAUAUGCGAACACUCGAUCUUGGUUAUGAAGUAACUACAGACUUACUGGCUCGGACCUACUUUCCAAGUAUAGUUAUAAUUUUUUUAUGAUUCAAUAAAACUAAUUCUAAUGGUUGUUGAGCAGUUCCUAAUUAUUCACUGUUGUUCAUGGACUUGGACGCGCGUCACACUAGCUCUAAGUAGAUGCGACCCACUGAACCAAUAUUAAUUCUGCGUCUGCUCUUCACCACGCAUCUUCGACGGAUUGCAUAAAAAAGAGCACCAGGCUUAUUAUAUUGAAAAUGUGGAUGCUCUCAUAUUCUUGAAGAUGUCUCGCGAAAGUGUAAAGUCUGCUCGCGCUGCCGGGAAGCUUUUGAACAACUUAUGGCGUAUGCACUCCUGGAAGUAGGUGCUAAUGUUCUCGUAUCUUAACAGCUACUUACUGUUACUCGCUCCUCGCUUCAAAGCGUUUCCUUUGGCUUUGGUAUUGAUUUGGGUGCAAGUUGUGUACGAAAACAAGCUGUCCACCCCCAAGCCCCAUAUAUAAGUCUACGGAAAUGGAUACUAUUACCGCCCACGCGCCCCCGGCGUAUACACGACCCGGGGCAGGGCGGGAUGGUCUUACAACGGCUGCGAGCUACAUAAAAUUCAGACGGCCUACCGGCGUGCUACGACCUACGUAAAGAGCAACGGGCUACGGAAUAAGCGAAGCAGCUACGUGCUAGAAGCUCCUGCAAUUUACAUGAACAAAAACACCGGCAGCACCUCGAAGCAGAUGAGCUGGCUCAAAUGGGUGAAGUCUAGCAAAUGGCCAAAGACAUUGCCAGGGAGUCAAGUCUAUGCGGGUAAAGCGUCGCGACUGAGGCGGCCAGAUCCUUUACCAAGGACCAAGCUGCUGCCCGCUAUAAUUAUAAGGCUGCGACCCCCUUUCGAUCUGCCUGCGGCGCCUUGUCUGUGAGCUGCGCCGGCUCAGGUCUGCACACUUUUGACCUGCCUGGGGAGUUUUACUCUUUGGGCUGCCUUAGGUUUCCUCUCCACAUGGCGCAGCUUUUUGGUGUUCCUGCCUACUUUUCAGCUGCUCCCGCUGCGCGGGUGCUAUUCGUAAGCCGACUCUGGUCUCUUAUUCAAAAAGCGCAGCGCUAUACGAUUGCGGCGGACUUUGACCAGCUUGAGGAAACCCACGCGUGACGUGAGCAGCCGGGCACCAAGCUCAGAACUUCUAGCCAAACCAGGCAGCGGCGCGAGGUUGCUGCUCAAUUUUGAGCAGCUUGGAGGGCCUUGCGUUACACUUUGGCCCAGCUCUCUUGGGUGUCUUACUCAAAUCGUGCAGCUUUAUCGGGCUGCUGUCUGCCUUUGACCUGCUUGAGGUCUUACCCUUUGACCCGGCUCAGGCCUCCGAUCCAAACUAGCGGCGAAAUUGAUUCUGCUUGAGGGCUGCAGUUUACUUUUGACCCCCUUGGACGGCUUUGCGCUACCCUUUGAGCAGUCUCGGAUCUUCUACCCAAAUGGCGCAGCUUUGAUUUUGAGAAAGAGUGCCGCGCGCGUCCACUUGUCACCUAUUUGAGAGGUGCCAUCCGUGAGCCGACUCAGGUCCCCUAUCCAAAAAACGCGCCCUGCCUUAGGGGGCUGCUGCUUGCUUGUGGCUUGCUCGCUCGGAAGGUCUUACCCUUUGGCCCAACUCUCAAGCGGGCAGAAAGGGGCGCCAAGAAGCGGGCAGAAAGGGGCGCCAAGAUCAGGGAGAAGCUGGCGGAAUACUGGGAGGCGCGCAAGAAUGAGGAGGACAUCGUGGCGGAGAUCUGUGAAGAGGAGAGGAAGGUGAAGCGGGGAGACUGGGCGGACAGAAUCAGGGACCUGGCGAGGGGGAUGAAGACAGAGCAGGCGAAGCGGCUUUAUAAAAGGCGAGACAGCACAAGGGCACAAGCAAGAGGAAGAAGGGAGCAAAUAGGACAGAGAUAAAGGCAACAGGAGGCGACGGGAGGGCCGAGGAAAUCGCCUGGACCGACAGGCGAGGAGAUGGCGGACGCCUUCCGACUGAGAAUAAGGGAGCACUGGAACAUAACGGAGGGAGAGGAAAAGGACACGGCGGAGAAGCUGCAGGAGGUGAACUGAAGGCGGGGGCGCAGGUACGUAGGCGCGUGGUCGGUGAAGAUCGGGGAGGAGCUGGCGAGCAGCUUAGAGGCCAUGGGGGCAGGCGGGACUGACAUGGAGGCGACAGCGAUAGAACAGGCGAACUAUGCGAAGGCCGCGGGGCCCGAUGGGCUCAUCGGGGAGCUGUUUAGGAUGGGCCUGAUAAACUGGGCGAAGAUUUUGAAGGAGAUCGAUUAGGCCAAGGGGGCAGGAGAGCGGCAGAGCGGCUGGGGCGCUUGGUUAUACAAGGGGAAGGGGGACAGGGGGGAGCGAGUCAGCCACAGACUUGCAGCGGCCUUGCAGGUGGCUCAUAAGAUUAUACGCAACGCGCACGGGAGGCAGCUCGAGAGCAUAAAAAGAGGAAGAGUGGGAAGAGUCAGGCAGCAUGGCUUCCAGGCCAGGAUGGGGCGUCGGGGUUAUCUUCAUCUGGAUGCGAAGGAGAUAGUCGAGGUGGAUGAGACGUCGGGCCCCACUCUGGCGCCGUGUGAUCUGAGUAAGGCUUUUGACCGAGUGAAGCGAGGCAAACUGUGGAGGACGGUGCUAGAGCUGGGGGGCGCCGGCUGAUUAUGUUGACAGGGUCAGGAGGCUACACGCGAGGGCCCGCAUUGUCUCGCAGUGGGGGAAGCAUAGGGUGGAAGAGGUAGGGACAGACUUAGGCGCAUGCCAAGGGCCUCCGGUAUCGCCUCACAGAUUCAUCAUCUACACCCGCGCGAUGAGUGAAGAGACCGAGGGGAAGUUGGAGGGUGAAGGGCUGAGGGGGUAGAGGUGGAGAAUGGGGGCAACAGCGGAGGAGGAGCCGCGGCAGGGGUGGGAAAACAGCAGAAGAACCUGCGCACCAAGAAAGCACCAGUUUGGAAAUCCCGCGCCGGAGGAGCGGCAGCCGAGGCGGGGAGUGGUAGUAGAGGCGCCGGGGGUAAAUGGUGCAAACAGGGACACCGAUUGGGGCUCUAGGUCUAGGCUGACGACCUACGCAGACGAUGCGAGCACCUGGGGGCACGGAGUGGAGAAGACAGCGAGCGAGGGCCGUGGAGAUCUUUGAGGAAGUGGGAGCGAGGUGCAGCAUGAUUGCGAACAAGAGCAAGACGGGGGCGCUUUCUUAUGCGGGAGAGGUUGACACCUGGAGAGGGGCGGGCGCUAAGUGAGAGACUUGGGAAUGCGUCGCACUCCUCAGCUGGGGCAGAUCUAACGCGGAGAAGUGGGAGGCUGGUGGGUGAUAUCGUAAACAUAUACGGGGCGAGACAGCCGGAGGCGACGGAGAGACUGAACAAGGCGAGGAAAAUAGGGCGGGCGGUCGGUCCGCUCUUGAGAGAUGAGGACGUCGAUCGGGUAGACCCUAGGACGCUAGUGGAGGCGCUGGUAGAUACCGCGCUGCUCUAUGGUUUAGACACGUCGAGGCCGUCUGGCCAUGACAUGGCGCAGCAAAUGCAGCAGCCGCAGGCCAAGCUUCUGCGCAUGGUGGCAGCGCCGGGAGACGACGGACAGGCGCGCUGGAGAAGCUUGGGCCAAGAGGGGGGAGGAGCUAGGGAAAGGACUGAGCAAGGAGCAAAGGGCAGAAGCCUACAGGCAGGUGGAAGAGGGGACACGAAUGAAGCAGGAUGAGGCGGACAGACGGGCCCCCCGCCGACAGUGAGAAGCAAAUGGGAGCGCCUGCGGCCUGGCUUCUCGCGGUGGUUGACCGGUACAGGGAGGAGAGGCGGGGGAGGUGCUUGGGCAGUGGGGUAGAGUUGAAGGCGAAUAGGGGGCCCAGCGUCAUGCCUGUGAGGGGGGUGAAACUGCAGGAGAGAGACAACAAGGAGAAAAACAUCGGGGAGAAGGGCAUGCAGAGAGUAAAGAAACACCUCCAGGGGAGAGACCCGGGGGGCACGAAGGGGAUGGAGGGGCUGCAGAGGAUCCAGGAAGGGCCUGAAGAUGGAGAGAAACUGGACAAGGAGCCGCGGGCAAAAACUUGGGUGAAAAGGUUGAAGGGGAGGAGCGCUGAAGCGAUGCUUCUCAGAUGCCCGCAGUCGAUACACUGGUAGGGGCUACGGGUACGGAAUGCGGCGACAGGGGUGCUACUUGACACCAGGAGAGGGGAAAAGCAGGCAAGGGACUGGGCAGCGGGUGAGCAUUGUGGCGGGGAGGGCCCCAAAGGGCCGCGGGGGCUCGUAGGGUGGGCAUUUGGUCAAGACUGUGAAGAACAAGAGGGGAGGAGGCCUGGAGACUUUUGGGGAAAAGGCAGCGCGGAAGAGGUUAGCGGAGUGGAAAUCAGUGAAGGGGGAAGACGGGCACAAGAAAGGAGAAGAGGAGGAAGGAGGGGAGGGCAACGGCAUGCGCAGGAUGUUCAGGGGGUUGCACCUCGAGGGAACGGGCGCCACGGCCGGGGGGAUCCUAGCUGCCUUGGAGGAAGCAAUAGACAGAGGAGGGCGCCUGGCCAUGGGAAGGGGCGGGGGCCUAGGUGUAUGACUGGGGUGAGGUGGAGGAGGUCCGGGACCUCGCCAGAGACUCCGCUUUCUGCAUGGAGGUGCAGGGAGAGGGAGAGAGAAGUGAGGCGCCUUGCCUCUGGCAAGUGAAAAGCUGCAAAGGCAGCGCGUCAGAAAUUAGAAGGCGUGGGAUGUGCCAGAAGAUCAGCGAUGGCAUGAGUGAGGCACGUGCGAACUGGCGAAAAGGGGCGAAGAGGGUUAGGAAGGCCGAGAAGAGGCGGGAGGCGUUUCACGGGGUGAAGCGGUUAAAGUGGGGCCCAGUGGUGCUGGCGUGCCCAUUUAGGGCGAAGGCAUGCCGGUGGCCGGAGGGGCCGCGGGCUCAAUCAAUGGCGUGAGGGGUGUAAAAAGACAGAGGGCGGGGAACUAUGGGCAGAGCACAAACGGGCGAAAGAGGUGAGGCAGAAGAGGAGAAAUGAAGAGGGAAAGAGAGAAAACAGGAAGGACCCAAGAGGGAACGCAAGCGAAAAAGAGACGAACAAGAGGGAGAGGAAGAGGGGCGCAAGCUCGAGCAAAAAAGGAGAAAGAGGGGCAAACAGCUGGAACAGGUGUUAGCGAAGGAGGGAAGUCAAGAGGGCGAGGAAAUGAGCAAGGAGGGAGAAAAGAGGGAGAAGGGCGGACCUGCCGCCGGAAGGACGGAGGCAAGUAAAAAGAGAAAAAGAGGGAAGAGCACGGAAGGAGAGGGGGAUGGGGUAAAGUGUAGAAGGCGAGGGCUUGCCCUUGGUGAAGGAGGGGACGGCGCCGGAAAUGGGACAAGCGGGGCGCGCAAGGGCCCGCCGGGUGAGGACAGUAAAGAAGAAACGCAGGGAGGAAAAAAGAGAAGGGGCGGCCACUGCUGAAAACGGGCCAGAAACAAAAGGAAAAGGGCACAAAGCGAAGAGGGGCAUGGCGGCCGACUCGGAGCGAGAGGGCGGAGCCGUGGUAAACAGAAAACAAAGGCCAGGAGAAGCCCGGAGAAACCCGCAAGGGAAAGCGGGGGAAAGAGGGGGGGGCUGCAAGUGCAUGAAAGGGCAAGCACGUAGGUACGGAGCUGAAGCGCAGCGGAGUGAAAAAGGAGGCCAAAGGGAAGAGACCCGAAGCCAAAAGCAGCCAAGGAGAUGAGGGCAAGCCCAGCCAAAGAGGAAAAAGGACCGACGGGACGAAAUGAGGCCAAUAGGGCUGAGAUAGAGGGGCCGCUUAAGGGGGGGCCCCCUGAUAGGGAAAGUCUAGGAGGCGGACGCCGGAGGCAGGCGCCGCACUUUCCUGGGGCCGCCCCCCGGGGGGUUGGCGGUUGCGGUUCCGCGCUUUCUUUGGGGGUCGAGUUGGGGUCUUUUAAUCUUUUGAAGGGGGGGACCCUCUUGAGGAUUAUGGAGACGCGGGAUAGAUGGGAUCUUGCCCCAGCCGUUCGCCGGGUGCAUCCAGUCAGGCCAUUCAAGGCAAUAUCUUCCAGCCAAGUCGUGAAGCUUUUUGGGCUUGUUGCUUUCUUUUGAAAGACUUGCUUGGAAGUCUUGCCCUUGCUUUGAGCUGUUUCAGGUCUUCGACCCAAAUUCAUGGCGCAACUGUAUGAGAGUGCUGCAGGCUUUUCAUCUGCUUGGGCGAUCUUGUCCGUGAACUGAAUCAGCCACCUUACCCAAAGCGUGCAGCUUUAUCCUUCGCGUUCGCGGCUGCUGCCUGCUCUUUUGGCCUCCUUGGAAGGUCUUACCUUGUGAGCUGUCUCAGGUCUUCCAUCUAAAUGGCGCAGCUUUGUCCUCGUGGGAAUGCUGUGCGUUUUUCAUCAGCUUGGGAGAUCCCAUCUGUGAGCUGGCUCGGAUCUUUAUCCAAAGCGCGCAGCUUUGUGAAGCUGCUGCCUACUCUUGGCUUGCUUGGGAGGUCUCUCCUACUUUACCCUUUGGCCUAACUCUCUCAGAUUUUCCAUCGAGGUCGCGGGGUUUUCUGAGAUUGCUGGCCCCUUUUGAGUGACCGCCCUGGAAGGCCUUGCCUUUGUUCUGAGCUGUAUCGCGUCUUCUAUCCGAAUUGAUUCAUGGCGCACCUUCAUGCGAAGGCCGUCCGCUUUUCACCUGCUUGGGGGGCCCCGUCCGUGACUUGACUCAUUUCCAAAGUGCGCAGCUUCAUGAGGUUGCCGCCCACGUUUGACCUGCUUGGAAGGUCUUGCCCUUUGGCCUUACUCUCGCUGGCCUCCUAUCCAGACCGCGGAGCUUCAUUUGGCUGCUGCAUGUUUUUGACCUGCUUGCAAGGUUCUGCGCUCUGGGCUGUCUGGGGGUGAGGCCAAAGCCUCACAGCUACAAACCGUCGCCGGCCUCUCUUGAGCGAGUAAAGGAGUUGCUUCAAAUUACCAAAAAAAGGCCGCCAGCUUUGGAGAUGCAUCGGGUUGCAAUUUUUACGGGAUAGGUUGUGUGGCGUGCGUAGUCAGGUCUUUUCGAUACAUUGGCGCACAGCGUAGCCCAUAGCUUUGGCAAGAAUUUGUGACAAAUAGCGCAAAGGGCUGACUGCAGUGCAGGGGCGACUUAUGUUUGUCGCAUGUUGUGCGCGUGGCGUGGUUUCUUACAUGUUCAGAGCUUCGGGCGCUGCCGAUAUACUUAGCAGGAGCAGAAUCAGGGAAAAGAUGCGCGCAAAGUCGCGGCAUUUUUACGACGUGAAGCGCAUACGUCUAGCCCGUGCGCCUUUCUCAUAAUUUCUGCGCAUCUCAAAAAAGUAGAACUUUUUUAGCCCACUCCGAAGCGCCCCGGUGUGAGUACAUCUCACUGGCACGCCUUUCCCAUGAUUUACGUGCAAGAUACAUGUCGCGCGAUAUAAAUCUCAGACGUAUACAUCUAGCCCGUGCACCUUUUCCAUGAUUCGCGUACAUUUGAAGCCGUGGGCCCCCUCUUGUUAUUUAGGUCUUGAAAUUGGUUUCGACGUACUACGACAUAGAAAAUUAUAGCAUUAAGAAGAAGCUCCUGCUUGUUGUGUAUACUAUGCAGCUGCAACCCCAUCCCCCAAUACUCCUCUUCAUUUUCGUGGAUCGCAAAGACAAUGGGGAAAAAACUGAAGGGCAAAGGCAGACACGCGCAAAAAUCAUGUCUAAAUGCUCUCUUAUCUCUGGAGAAUACGAUGCUGAUGCCCCUGAAGCGUGAAGGCCAUGGUCAUGCGGAGCCGAAACCGAUGCAAGCGAUCGAACUGGUGGCUAGCGCACUUUUGGGUGACCCAUGGAUCGAGACGAGCGAAGCCGAGCUGAAUAAGGAGUACGUGUGGGGAGUGGCGGAUGAAUCGACUGUGACUGUCGAAGGACGGUAUCUCCUGCAAGAGCUCCAUGAAAAUACACUGCGGGUCUCCGCCUGCGCUCCGCGAGUGGAGUAAGCAAAGUUUUUGGGAUCGUUUGUUUAUUUCCAUCCCACCUGUGGCGGUGGGUACUAGACGUGUAUACUUCUGAUAGAUAAACGGGGUAGUCAACUAUGCGACUCAAAAAAAUAAGAUGAUGAAGUUAAGAAUAAGAACAAUCUACUACAGGAAACUGUUGUAUUAGCAACUUAUCAAAGUAUUAUCAAAGUUCUUGAAAUUCAUGAUCGUGAAUUCGAUGAAAACGCAGGAAAAUGGAAGAACUACUAUUGAUUAUUUGCCUCAACAUAAAUUUUUUUCUUUGCGCAGUGAAUGAGUAAGUACGAAAAAUUGGAAAAGAAUGAAAACAAUAAGUAUCGUAUGGGUAUGAAGUUGAAGAAGAAAAAAAUAUACACAGCACGAAUCAGGAGAAGUAUAAAGAAACUCGCUUUACUUGCUUACUCACGAAAAAAACUAAAGAAAGCAAGUAGAAGUAUAGAUGGACUGUCGCAACAGCAUCUCUUACAUUUGUUUUUGAGAAAAAGUUCCAACGAUGAAAGUGAGCAGUUGAUGCAUUCUAUAGAUGAUGAAGAGCAAUAAAAUUAUGAAGCCUACUAGCACUGUCGAACUCGAAGGCUAUGCCAAGCACUAACUCCGCUGCAGCAUGCGUAAAGCAUUAAUGUUUCUUAAUUCGGAUUUGUUUUCUUGCGAAGUUAGUAGUGCGAGUUGUAGAAGUACGGCAACGGCAUGUAGUCGUGUUCAACUUCUUUGCACUCUCCUUUGUCU